UCUUCACUCCUACCACGCUCUUAACUUCUUUUUGUACUAUUGAAGUCGUAAACGAGUCGAAAUUCUUCCUUUCCGAGUUCGAAAGCGGUAAACGAACCGAAUCGAGUCGAAAUUCGAUAGUAAUGAAGAAGUUGAUUCAGCGUUUCUCUAGGGUUACCGAUUCGACUCACUACUCUCUCCUCCGAUCAGAGACCCGAGUUUCUUCGCGCACUCGGAGGACUAGCGGCGUGCCGGAGGGCCACUUGCCGGUGUACGUGGGAGACGAGUCGGCGAGGUUUGUCGUGAGCGCGGAGUUGUUAAACCAUCCGGUUUUUAUGAUUUUGUUGAACAAAUCGGCUCAAGAGUACGGUUACGAGCAGAAAGGAGUGUUGCGAAUUCCGUGUCGUGUUUUCGUGUUCGAGAGGGUGUUGGAAGCGUUGAGGAUCGAUGAGGUGUCGCAAGAUGUUAUGGAGCUUCUCAAUUCGUUCUCCGAUGAGCUCGUGACCUAUGUAGACUAGAAUUUAAUUACUUAUGAUCGGUUGAUCUAUUAAUUUUUUAUAGAUUUUUUAUUUUUAUCAGACGAUUGUGAUGAGGGUUUGGUCGCGUUAUGCAGAUAGAUCUGCUUUGUAUAUAUCAUGUGUAUAUAUGGAGAUUAUGGUUGCUUUUA